AUGAGAGUACGAGAUAAACCAGCAUGGAUUACACUUGGAGGUGGAACUCUGUCAUCGUUAAACCCGUAUCCUAUUGUUGAGGAUGUUUUUGAAGUCAAGGGUUCCUUUGACAUUAACUCUUUGCCACUUAGAGAUCCUGUCUGUUUUGUGUCUGGACAAAUCCACGAGCAAUUAGAAAAUUGGGAGCAUAUUUUUGAUCAAGUUAAGUUUGGGAAUGUAGGUUUAGAUCAGGGCGAGGCGCCGCAUAGUUUCCGUUCCGGAUGUGACAUAACGAUGGCUCUGUCUGGGUCAGUUAAUAAUCCCGAACAAAUGAUCCGCCACAUAGGGUGGUUUACUGAAAAUAGCGCCAGGUAUUAUAGCAUGAUAAAUGCUUUAGCGGAUUCUACUAUUAUUGCUACGAAAUAUGCCGAGGAGGUUUUGCUCAUCGAUGUGUCGGUAAUCGGCAUGGCCCCACAACGACCCUGGUCGAUCGAGGCUAAUAUAGAGAACUGGAAUGUCUUACGAAGAUAA